ACGAGAGAUUAUUUUUGUACAUAUUUUUCCACAAGUAAAAUAAGAAAAUCUUUAACAUUAAAAAAGAGAGAGAGAGAGAGAGAGAGAGAAAUCUCAAAACAUUGAGAAAAAUUUGAAAAAUCAGCCACAUUCUCAAUCCUCUCUCUUCCCAAAGCAAACCAAUUCACCCACCCACGUAACCCAAAUUUCAAAAAAAAAAAGAAAAAAAAAAAAAGAGAGAAAAAAGUUUAUCAAAGAGGAGGAAAACAGGAACAGCUAAGUCAGCAAAACAGCAAAGGUGGGUGGGUUCUUUGGUUUUGUUUCAUUUUCUCUUUGCCCAGAAGCUAGGGUUGGGUGGGUCUUUAUUUUUGAAACGUGUUGAAGGGAUUUUUGAAGAAGAUCCGGUAUCUGAAAUCUGAAUGGCACAACAAGGGCAGGGUGACAUUGACCCUGCCGUACUGGAUGACAUUAUCAACAGGCUAUUGGUGUUCCGCCAUGGGAGACCUGGACCUGGCAAGCAGGUUCAGCUCAUGGAAGCUGAGAUCCGUCAGCUCUGUACUGUUGCCAGGGAAAUCUUUCUCCAGCAGCCCAAUCUUCUUGAGCUUGAAGCACCCAUCAAGAUCUGCGGUGACAUUCAUGGGCAAUAUUCUGAUCUUUUGAGGCUUUUUGAAUAUGGGGGGUUUCCUCCCAGCGCUAAUUAUUUGUUCCUAGGGGACUAUGUGGACCGUGGCAAGCAGAGUUUGGAAACAAUAUGCCUUCUGCUUGCCUAUAAAAUUAAGUACCCUGAGAACUUCUUUCUGUUAAGAGGAAAUCAUGAAUGUGCUUCAAUUAACCGGAUUUAUGGAUUUUAUGACGAAUGUAAAAGGCGGUUCAAUGUCAGACUUUGGAAGACCUUUACUGAUUGUUUUAACUGUCUUCCUGUGGCUGCCCUCAUAGAUGAUAAAAUAUUGUGCAUGCAUGGUGGUCUUUCCCCAGACUUAGCAGACUUGGAUCAGAUUAGGAACUUAUCUCGUCCAACUGAUGUUCCAGAUUCUGGUUUGCUUUGUGAUUUACUUUGGUCAGAUCCAAGUAGAGAUGUCAAAGGCUGGGGAAUGAAUGAUCGUGGAGUCUCAUUCACCUUUGGUGCAGAUGCAGUGUCGGAAUUCUUAACAAAGAAUGAUAUGGACCUUGUUUGCCGUGCCCAUCAAGUUGUUGAGGAUGGAUAUGAAUUCUUUGCUGACAGACAGCUUGUCACAAUAUUCUCUGCUCCUAACUAUUGUGGUGAAUUUGAUAAUGCUGGUGCAAUGAUGAGUGUAGAUGAAAGCUUAAUGUGCUCUUUCCAAAUUCUCAAGCCAGGUGAUAAAAAAUCCGGGUCUGGUUGAGCUGUGAUUUGAGGACUAGUCUUGAAACGAGGCUGGCUGAUGAUAACAGUCGAACGCUAAAUCUGGAUUUGAAGCUUUAUCAAACUCAAAGGAGUUGCAAAGUUUGGUUAUAUCACCAUGUGAUUCUUUUUGAGAUGAGUUGUUUGUUUAAGUUGUGUUAUAAUGGAAGGAGCUUUCCAACUUCUCAGUUUGGAGCUGACUGGCUAUCAAGGAAGUGAGAAACGCUUUUAACACUUUUUUUUUUUUCCCCCUGAUUAGUAAUUUUUCACAUAUUCAUGGUGCCCUUGUAUAUACAUUUGCUUUGUAAAUGACUGCAAAUUCAGUCAAUGGACACCCAUGGAACAUUGUUACA